GGUCUAUAUUCUUUAACAAGGCUAAACCUAGGUUAUUGUAAUUUAUCAGAUGAAACAAACCUUAGCAGUCUUUGCCUCUUAUCUUCAUUGGAAGUGUUAGAUCUAUCUGGGAACAACUUUGUUACUUUGCCAAACAUCAGGGGACUUUCUAGCCUAGAAGGUCUGUUGUUGGAGAAGUGUAAAAGACUGCAAGUACUGCCAGAACUUCCAUCAAGCAUAUAUAGUUUAAUUGCGCAAGAUUGCAUAUCAUUGGAAAAUGCCUCAAAUCAAGUACUCAAGUCACUCUUUCCAACUACAAAGUCCCCGAAGAAAACUUUCAAGCGUAAUUCGGGUGCACACUUGAUAUAUGUGAUGGUUUAUGGGAGUAGAAUACCAGAUUGGAUAAGGUAUCAGAGCUCAGGGUGUGAAGUAGAAGCAGAUCUACCUCCAAAUUGGUAUAAUUCCAACUUGCUGGGUCUUGCUUUGAGCUUUGUCACUUAUGUUUUCGCAUCUAAUGUGAUUAUUCCAGUAUCGUAUACCUUGCGCUAUUCAACAUCCAGUUACAUUGCUAACCGCAUUAGUAUCAGAUUUGAUAAGGAAGGUGUAGGGUUAGAUCACGUGUGGCUACUUUAUAUAAAACUCCCCCUCUUCAGCAAUUGGCAUAAUGGAACUCCCAUAAAUUGGCAUGAAGUGACUCACAUCAGUGUAUCAUUUGGGACUCAGGUCAUGGGGUGGUAUCCUCCGAUUAAGAGGAGUGGGUUUGAUCUAGUGUACAGUAAUGAUCAAGACGUGAAUCCCCCAGUGAUCCAAUUCAGUUCUAUCUCCUCUCCUCCUCUUCCGAACAAGUCAACAGUAGUCCUUAAAGAAAUCCAUAAGAAGGAGGAACCCAGUGGAAGUGAGUUGUCGAAUGUUGAUGGCUCAGAAUCAGACAGCUCUGAUUACCAUACUGCUGAUGAGGAAGAACCCACAACUGCAAAAGAAACUGACCGCUCAGAGGAUCACUCUGAAUCAGAGAUGCGGCCGCAGAAACGUUUGAAGUGCAGGCAUUAUGAGGGCAUCCCUUGAUGAUCGGAGAAACAGACCUAAAACUCUUCCCAUAACAUCAUCUCUUGGUAAUGGUAGGUUGUGUGUUUCUUUUCUUUCUGCCUUUCUUUCUUAAUCUGAUUUUCAACAUUUUUGCUUGGGUAGAUGUCUUAAGAUCAUUUAGAACUGUUUAAAGCGGGAACUAAAAAAUCCCAUAACACUGUUUGAAAUUAGAGUACUCUCACAUAUCGUCGAUUUCAUGCUUAAUCAUCCCGGGAUACACAUGGUUCCAUAUCAUUAGAAUCAUUUGUAUUAAUAAUGCAUUCUCAGUUUACUAAUUGUGGCAACUAAACAGAGUCCCAAAAUCUCUCUCGGGGUUGAUCAUCUUCAAUAGAUACGCAUUGUUUUAGCAGUGAUAAUGUAUUUUGUGAAUUGCAGUCGCAUGAUCUCCAUUCCUGUGAGCAUUGCAAUUAACUAGGGAGAUUAUUUUAGUGGGGGUGAUGCUACAGCACCAGCGAAGGAGCAGAAGCAGAAGCAGAAGAGAGAAAAGAUCUUGUAACGGAACCCAAUCUUCCAUAAACUAACUAUUUUUGGAUUGUUUUUCAUUUCUAGAAAUGGAACGACUAUGUAAAUUAAAGGAUUACUGGAUUCUUCAAUUCAAAGAGUCAUCACAAAUUU